UUCGACGAGAUCGGAGGCGUCCACGCAAGUGCAAUUCUAUCGACUGGGUAUUUAAACUGCUGGAGUAAAACAGUUGUUCUUCAGUCUGUUGGACGAAGAGAUAAAUCCGGCGAAAGAUUUUGAAGAAGAAAGAAUGGCGAAUGGGACAAGUUCGGUCGAGUCGGGACUAUCGAGGAUUGAUUUGCCGUCUGAUGAUCCUUUAGUUCUUUUUACCAAGUGGCAGACCGAAUCGAGGAAAUCCAUUAUUUGUUUGUCUACAAGUUCCGCAGACAAUAGACCUCAUUCGAGACACGUAAUGCUGCGAACUUACGACAAAAGCGGAUUUGUUUUUGUCACCGAUAGUAGAAGCCGUAAAGCCCGCGAAUUGAAUGAGAAUGCAAUGCGCGCCGCUAUAUGUGUCUAUUGGGUGCACAAAGACGAUAAGAAGAAAUCCGUUUUGAGACAGGCGAGAAUUGAAGGAACGGUGGAGGUUUGUCCCAGAAACGAAGUCGAGGGAUUUUAUAACGCAGAUCCACUCUACUGCAAAAUUCGAGCACAUCUUUGCCAUCAAGAUGCUCCAGUUGAAUGGGACGAAUUGAAAAAACGACAUGAUGAGUUGCUCCGAGAAGCUCAAAUGAACAGUUCUGCACUCCCUAUGCCUGACCAUUUUGUUGCAUACAAAUUGGUGCCUAAUUGGAUGGAAUUCUAUGCAGCAGACGAUAAAAACUUUAUCGCCGAUCGAUUUUUAUUCUCUAAAGAUCUUAACGGACAAUGGAUUCAUCAGAGAAUCGCUGCGUGAUUAUUUUCUCAUUCUUAUCGUCUUUUUUCUGUUGCUGCCACGAAACGUUAAGCUUAUUUUUUUCCUACAUAUUCUAUUUUAUAUGAUGCAAUGUGUUCAAUGUUUAGCUUAUUGACAGAUAAAUAAAGCAAAAUAUAAUAAUUUAAAUAAUUAA